AAUUUCAGGAAUAGCAUAGUAAUGGACCCCCAUACCAGUGCCCAGGACGUGAUGCGAUGUGACCUGUGUGAGACCACUGUGGUACAGAUGCACUGUGAUACAUGUCUUGUCAACCUGUGUAAGGCCUGUGUGGGAGAACACAUGAUAUCUUAUGAAUCCAAGAAACACGAAAUUGUUAGAUUUCAACUUAGAAAAUCCACCCUGAUUUACCCUGUCUGUAAAUUUCACAAGAAAGAACGAUGUGAAAUGUACUGUAAACAAUGUGCCAUUCCAAUAUGCAGUGCCUGCAUUGCCUCUGGAAAUCAUUCAGGUCAUAACAUUCUUCAAAUGACAAAUGUUUACAAAGCUAGAAAAGAGGAAAUUGAGAAAGAAAUUGAUGAGCUAGAACAAAAUAUUUACCCCACCUACCAGUACAUUGCCUCUGAUGUACAAAACAGAAUGAGUCAGUUAGAAAAGGAAUAUGGAGAUCUCUCAACAGCCAUAACAAAACAUGGAGAGGAUUGGCACAGAGAAAUUGAUGAGCUUGUCAGGAAACUUACAACAGAAGUUGAGAAAAUGAAAGCUGAACACCAUGAAGCUUUGAAGAGUCAUAUACAUGAAAUAAAUCAGAGAAUAGCUAAUAUUUAUAAUGAAAUCCAAGCGUCUACAAAACUACUGGAAUUAAAUGACAUCUCCCUGUUUCUUGAGUUCAAUACAAAUAUACAUGAAUUCAGAAAACUUCCACCUAAAGUUAAUGCAACAUUACCGCAUUUUACUCGUACUCAAUAUCAGCAGGAACAACUCAUCAAACUGUUUGGGAACCUGUCAAGUCUCUCUCUUACCUCAGAUAAACAUGGCUACAGCAUGAAGACAAUGCAGAAAUCACCAGAAGCUGGAUCCUCUUCUCCAGUCAAACAGCUGCUUGAUCAACCAGAGACUAUCACCACCAUAAACACUGGGUAUGAAGAAUUUUACAAUGUGGCCUGUCUGAGUAAUGAAGAAAUCUGGACAAGAGGAAAUGACAGCACCAUGAAACUCUACAGCAUCAAUCAAGGAUCAGUACUCAAGUCAAUCACAACCAAGUCUGGGUACAUACCAUCUGACAUAGCAGUGACAAAAAGUGGAGAUCUAGUUUAUACUGAUGACGUUGUUAGAACUGUGAACAUUGUGAAGAAUAAGAAGAUAGAGGAGGUGAUCAGACUACAGAACUGGAGACCUUGGGGUGUCUGUAGUACCUCCUCUGGUGACCUCCUGGUUAUCUUGUACAGUGAUGAUGAAAAACAAACAAAAGUUGUCCAUUACUCUGGCUCCACAGAGAAACAAACCAUUCAGUUUGAUGAUCAAGGUAAACCUCUCUAUUCAUCUGGUUGUUAUUACAGAUACAUAACUGAGAACAGGAACCUGGAUAUCUGUGUGUCUGACAGUAGAGCUAAAGCAGUAGUGGUGGUCAAUCAGGCCGGGAAACUGAGAUUCAGGUACACUGGACAUACUCCUGCUCCAAAGAUCAAAUCAUUCUAUCCACUAGGAAUCACCACAGACAGUCAGAGUCACAUCCUUACAGCUGAUUCUAACAAUGACUGUGUCCACAUCAUAGACCAGGAUGGACAGUUCCUCCGUUACAUAGACUGUGGACUGAAUUAUCCCUGGGGACUGUGUACAGAUACAAAUGACAAUCUGUUUGUUGCUCAGUGGAGAAACAGACAAGUGAAGAAAAUUAAAUAUCUCCAGUGAAAUCCAACACUGUAAUGAUGUAAGUUAGUGAACAUCAUAAUACUGUUAUGGCAGCUGAAAUUAUGUUUCUUAAAUAGAAUGCAUAUUUCCACAUCAGUGUUAGUCAGAGAUGCUUUUUAUCAAAUA